UUUGUUCAUCUUCUUUUAAUAUUUAGGAAAUGCGAGUUGUUUUUACAUGGGGUAUAUGUGAGACCAUUUGUGACGAAUAUCUCAAUCAUGAAUGUUUAAAAAAUUACAGUGAUGUUCAUAUAGACGAAAAUUAUUUUUUUCCACUACUAGAUGAUAAAGUUACAAUAGUUCGUCGCGCAUUGUUACCGAAUGGCACAGAAGGCAUUAUUUAUGAAAAAUUAUAUCCUACGAAUGAUGAAAAUGCAAGUCCCAAUACAGGUAAAAGUCUAAAUACAUCAAUUAACAAGAAACAAAACAACACUGGCUCUACGGCUAAGCGAGGAAAAAAAUUAAACGAUGAUGAAGUCGAAAUUUUACUUUUAGAAAUACAAUGCAGACAACCGUUAUGGAAUUUUGAACUUCCUCUUGAGCAGCGAAGUAAAGAAACUGUUGCAGUAUUAUGGCAAGAAGUAUCUCAGACAUUGAAUA